UUACAAAAUAUUAAGAGCAAACUUUCCAGGCAAUAUCAGUCUUGUUGAAACCAUCCAAAAAAAAAAAAAAAAAAAAACAGAGUGUCUUGCUAAAAAAUUAGAGUGACAAUGGAGGAUAUGCCGCCGGGAUUUCGGUUCUAUCCGACGGAAGAGGAGCUGGUGUCGUUUUAUCUGAAAAACAAGCUGGAAGGGACGAGGCAAGACCUGAACCGCCUCAUGGAUCGGGUUAUUCCCGUCGUCGACAUUUACGACUACAAUCCCUCAGAUCUUCCACAAUUUUCGGUGUAUUUGUGCCACAAAGACCCGGAACAAUGGUUUUUCUUCAUCCCGAGGCAGGAGAGUGAAGCCCGAGGAGGGAGACCACGACGGCUGACGACUACUGGGUACUGGAAAGCCACCGGUUCUCCAGGUUUUGUCUAUUCCUCCAACCGCCCCAUUGGCGUCAAGAGGACGAUGGUAUUUUACAAUGGAAGAGCUCCCAACGGGAAGAAAACGGAGUGGAAAAUGAAUGAGUACAAAGCUAUUGAUGGCGAAGCAUCCUCUUCCACAGCCGCCGCCGCCGCCGGCGUUGCCACUCCACCUGCUUUAAGACAUGAAUUCAGCCUGUGUCGAGUGUACAAGAAAUCAAAAUGCCUGAGGUCCUUUGACAGGCGGCCGCCACCAGCACUGCCGCCACCCCAGCCAAGUGCCACUCAGCAAGUUCCAUCCGCCGUGGCAGGAACGUCUCAACAGAACCCUCAAAUGGAAGAUCAGAGAAUGGAAAGCUCGCCAGAGACUUCCUCAUCCGGAGAACAAGGAAAUACUCCAUCCCAUUCGGCCGGACAAACCAGUGACUCAAAAAUGAUUGGUGACGAGGAGCUUUUCUUGGAUCUGGAUGAGUUCUGGGAUCUGUGAAGUAAUCAAUAUUUUUUGAGGUUAAAAAGCUGGAACCGAGUUUCCAUUUGUGUGUGCGUGCGCUUUUUUUUAAAGAAAUCACAUUUAUUACUAAGUUCAGGAAGCACAAUCAUAUAUACGUUUCGUGUGUUUUUGCAUUUUUUUUUUUUUUUUUUUGCCGUCCCUGUGUUUUUGCUGAUCACAGAACCUGAACUUUUGUUUGUACUUUGUAGUAGUACUUGUGUAAGCAGCAUGUAAGAAUAUUAUUAGGAUUUAGGGGGAAGAUGCUCUAAUUUAAGUUCAAUUAAUCUUCUUACUGCCGCUACUUAUGAGGAUUAUUGUGAGACUCGAAAGGCAUUUCAAAGAUAAAAAGUUAUAGCCGCAAAGGAUGACAGUUAGCUUACGUUGAUGUUAUUGUUAGGUUUUUUGAAAAAAUUGUAUUGAUGUAUUAAGACGUGAAAGUUCUUUUGAAUAAAGUUCCUUUUUUCUC